UCCUCUUCGUCCGUUCCGUUCCGUCUUGUUUUGGUUUUGGUUUUGCGUUUAAUGUAUGGGAUGGGACAACGUCGUAAUGUGUUAUGUUUUAUUUUCUCGAGCCUGCUCUUUUUGCUAUUUUGUUUACCUUUUCUGUUUUCACCUGGCUGGAUUCAUAUCAUUCCUCCCUCUUCCUCCUCCCCAACCACCACGCCAUGAAAUUGUUGUCUUCUUGUUCUUCUUCUGGGUUCGGUCUAUACCGUAUGUGUUUGCGUUCUAGUCUGGAUUUACUAUACCAUAUACCAUAUACCAAGCAACUGGCAACUGGAAUUUUUGGUUUUUUGGUUUCUGUCUGGUUUUUGUCUGGUUUUGUGGUUUCUGUGGUUUCUGUGGUUUCUGUGGUUUCUGUGGUUUCUGUGGUUUCUGUGGUUUCUGUGGUUUCUGUCUGUCUGGUCUGUCUGGUUUUUGUCUGGUUUCUGUCUUGAUUUUGUCUGCUAGGAAGUAGGUAUUCUAUUGAGCUCUAAGGAUUUGCCGCGGAAAGUUCUGGAGAAAUAUAUAUGGAGAAUGAUGCA